AUUAAAUUAAAAAAGGAAAAAAAACCAUAAUCAGCUCCGUCUGAUUCGGUCAAUGGUGGAGAUAUGCGCCACGUGGACGAGCACAACUGGUGGGCCCACCGAAAGUCUGAUUGUACUCGAUUUCCCAACUCAUCACGGUUCUAAGAUAAAACCCAUAUUUUAAAAUCUCCAUCGGAAGCGCCUCAGAAAAUCAAACGAAACAUCAAUCCUCAGAGGCUCAGAGAGAGAUCCAGAGAGGCGACGGAGUAGACGGGGAUCCGGCGGACCCGCCGCGAGGAAAGAUUUUGCUUUCCCUGCGGUUCUACACUGAGCUUCCCUUAACAAACUUUGGAAUUUACUGCCCCUUCUCCGCUCUGUCACCAAUCAGUCAAAUCACGAAUUGAUGGGGGCAUUGUUAUAAUUGAAGGGGUUUGGGAUAUAUUUGGUCUGCAGGCUCAGCUUCAUUGUACUGUGGAUGUAUCUUGUCGUCAAUCAAGAAGAAGAUCGGCUUGUGAAUUUGCCCGAAUCCUUUCUGGGUAUUCUCAGGCCGCCUUGUCUAUCUGUUGAGAGAAAGGCCUUCUCACACUGUGUUCAGAGAGAUAGAUGGGAUAAAGAAUUCUUCAAGCUGCAGAGCGGAUAAUUAUCAAUUUGGGGUGUCGAUCGCUUUUAAGUUGUGUUUUGUUCUAGCAGUUUUAAGGUUUCUAAGUUAUCCAAGAUGAAUUCAUCUCAAGGGUCUACCUUGUCCACAAAUGUUGCGGGGUUUGUUGAUGGUUCGUCUGCAAAAAGAGAAGUGUCCUAUAUUGACAGUCUACCUAUUUACGUCAAAGAGCUGAUUGCUGGUGGUGCUGCUGGUGCCUUUGCUAAGACUACUGUUGCACCCUUGGAGCGGAUUAAAAUACUUUUGCAGACUAGAACCGAAGGAUUCCAUUCUCUUGGAGUCCUUCAGUCUAUGAAGAGGGUGCUGAACAAUGAAGGUGUGCGUGGAUUCUAUAAGGGAAAUGGAGCUAGUGUUGUUCGGAUUAUUCCUUAUGCAGCCCUACAUUUCAUGACAUAUGAGCAAUAUCGGUGUUGGAUCUUGAAUAACUAUCCAGGCUUAGGAACUGGGCCUCAUAUUGAUCUUUUAGCUGGUUCGGUAGCUGGGGGAACAGCUGUUUUAUGCACAUAUCCUUUAGACCUGGCACGAACAAAACUGGCUUAUCAGACUACUGACACGAGAACAGUGAAGAGCCAUGGCUUGAGAAACUAUCAUACUCAACCUGCGUACAGUGGCAUUAAGGAUGUGCUUAUGCGUGUUUAUAGAGAAGGCGGAGUACGUGCACUAUAUCGUGGUGUAGGUCCAACUCUGACUGGAAUCCUUCCUUACGCUGGUUUGAAGUUUUACAUUUAUGAAGAACUUAAAAGUCAUGUUCCUGAGGAGCAUCAGAGAUCCAUUGUGAUGCGGCUUUCUUGUGGAGCUCUGGCUGGAUUAUUGGGGCAGACGGUCACGUAUCCAUUGGAUGUUGUUAGAAGACAAAUGCAGGUUGGAGAUAUGCCAUCUUCACUUAACGGUGAUGUCAGAUUUAGGAACUCAAUAGAAGGUCUUACGAUGAUAGUUCGCAACCAAGGAUGGAGACAGUUGUUUGCAGGACUCAGCAUUAAUUAUAUUAAGAUUGUUCCUUCUGUGGCCAUUGGAUUUGCAGCAUAUGAUAGCAUGAAGUUAUGGCUCCACAUCCCGCCUCGGCAGAAGGCUGCAUCGAUAUCUUCUGCUGCAUAAAUCAACCCCUUCUCCUAUGACGUCGACGCUCUCUCUGAAACACCUUUGUAAUUGGUCUUUGCUAGUAAAGAAAUUGCUAAUCUUAGAUAAACAUAUAUUAGCUGCCUUUCAUGCUCUGUGCUUCAAGAAGUACAAGUUUGAUUUACUCCUUGAACCUA